ACUGACUGAUCUUGCAGUCCAAGGGACUCUCAAGAGUCUUCUCCAACACCACAGUUCUAAAGCAUGAAUUCCUCCUCACUCAGCUUUGUUUAUGGGUCCAUGAGUUGAUGUGAAUCCAAGUAAUGAAAGUGAAAGAAAGUGAAAGUUGCUCAGUCCUGUCCAACUCUUUGCAACCCCAUGUACUGUACAGUCCAUUGAAUUCUCCAGGCCAGAAUACUGGAGUGGGUAGCCUUUCCCUUCUCCAGGAAUCUCCCCUACCCAGGAAUUGAACCGGAGUCUCCUGCACUGCAGGUGGAUUCUUUACCAACUGAGCUAUCAGGGAAGCCCACUAUGUAUCAAACUUCUUUUCAUUUACUCUUCUUCCUCUUAGGACUUAAGCUCAUUUCUGUACAAUGAUUCCUGUGAUCCUACCUCAACAAACCUCUGCUGUCCCAUAUCUUUCAAGGUAAAUGUAAACACAUACUAAGACUGAGGCUGGGUUACAAAAUAUAUGCAUAUGCAUAGUCCAAUAUACAGCAGAAUUCAAUUCAAAAAGGAAUCUUCUCUUCCCAGUAUCUAGGGAGAUGCCCGAGCAAUACCAAAGACAUUUGGCUCUGGUAGUGGAAAUUGGGAAGCAAUGGUGAAAUGAGGUAAGACAUUCCAGGGCCUGAAAGUGGACGCAAGUCAUCAGCUGCUUCUCUCAGGAGGCUUGUUCUUUUUGGAUAAGGGCUAUAUGUACAAGCCACGAUCUGCUGCCACAGCCUCCAGCCCCCUCUACCUGAUUCUGAAGCCCGCUCAGGCUGGAGCUGAUGCCCACAAUGCGGGGAGUCUCAUUUGUAGGAGAUGAGUGUUCCCUUGCUUUAUUUUACUGUUUGCCGCCAGCCAGGGUAAGGAGGAUGUGUCAGAAAUCAUGGAGAACAGCGACAGCCAAGCUUUCUCACGCAAAGACUAGGCAACUAAGGAACAGCAAAUCAUGACUUGCACAGUAUUUAAUGGAUCAUGGGAAAACAAGCUUCUCUCUUGCCUGCCUGCCCUUUUGGAACCAGCUCUGGCAGACGUGGGCAAAACCGGGGUGGCGUCCUGCGGGGCUCUAGAGGGCGGGAGAUGCAGGGACGCGAAUAACUCAGCACCUCACCCCGCACCAGGGCCAAGGGCCGAGCGGGAGGCUCCGGAAUCGCCCCUUGAUGAUCCCCAAAGACAGACUGGGCCCUGAUAAAUAUCCCGCCCGGCCGGAUAUAGGGAGCGGAGCUUGCAGCGGGUCUGGGAAGUACACAGUCAGAUCCAGCCAGCCACUCCCUCCCCAUCACCAGCCUCACCCUCUGGCUGCGGAGCCGACAGGGUUACUGCGCCUGCGCAGUCCUAGUCCCACCACUCCCACGCUUUCCGAGGCCUCCUACCCAGCUUGCUGUCGCUUAGCAACGCACAAGUCACAGUCGUGGUUUCUCCGCGCGUCCCUUUCCUGGCAGGGUUUAGUCCAUGGUUUUCCCGUGAGGCUCCUCAUUGCCUCGAGUCAGACGUAGGAGCCCAUGGAGGGAAAGGAGGAUAAGCAGCAACAGCAUAAAAUAGAAGAUGCUGGUAUACUGUAUGUAACUGAAAAAGAAGAAUUCAAACAUGAAAAAAAACCUGGAAAAAGUAUUCAACAUUCAAAACCAUGUGUUGGGAGAGGACGUGUAUAUUAUGCUAAAUUCAUUAACACAAAUGUAAGAACAUGCAAUGAACCAGUUCCCUACAUAGAUGUCAAGAAAGAGCCAGAAAAUCAGGGUGACUGGUGGCCACAUGGUAAAGGGCUGGAAAAUCCCAUCCAACCACCUUAUGACACUAAGAGCACCCAGAGGAGUGACUUUAAGAAGCCAACAUGCCCAUUGGUUUCUCCAGUCAAACACAGCAAGUUGCAAAAGCCGUCUUACGGAAUAGUUCCACUUGUCUCUCCUGAUGCAUCAGUAGACCUUCAAAGGAACUUUAAAGAACACAUCUCCUUUAUACAUCAAUAUGAUGCCAGGAAAACACCCAAUGAGCCCAUUCGGGGAAAGAGACAUGGAGUUUUUGUGCAGACAGAGAUAAAACCAGGGAGUAGGCCAACAGUUCCUGAGAGAACAGAGGUAUUACUGAAUGCUUCAGGGUCAUGCUCAUCAGAACAGUCCAAAAAAACAGAGAAAGGAAACUCAGCGGAAAGCAAAAUGAUCUCACCCGGUCUCUGCCGACAAAAUUCCCAGGAGUUGUUAGAGACUAAAACUCACUUAUCAGAAACAGACAUCAGAGUGGCAGCCAAUGCCUCCCCCAGAAGGCCUGAGAAAAGGGAGAAGACUGCAAAAGUCUUUCAAAUAGCUGUAGUAAAUGCUCUUCUCACCAGGCAUGAUCCUUUAAGUCCAUCAAUAAAAAGUCAAGACAAAUCAGGAUAAAUUACCUUCUUCAGAAAAAAAAAUAAACCUUUGAAUGUACAGAAAUUUCAGAAUCAUCACACAGGCCCUCACAUUUGUUUUUUCUUUGAUCAAUAACCUCAAAAAUUACAAUUUGGGAAAAUGAAAAAGGGAUAAUAAAAUACACCAAAAAUUCAAGUGUGGUCUUCAAUGAGUGAUAGAGAUGAGACAUAUUUCUAUGUCAUAUUUAUAAAUAUAACAACUUUGUUAUGUACAACAAUGGAUGUAACUAACAAAUAUGAGAGGCUUUGUUAGACAGUCGUUAAUCAUGGCUUUAGAAUCAAACUGGGGUUGAAAUUUUGGCUCCAGCACAUAAAAGCGACGUGACCUUGGAUAAAUUACUUAACCUCUCUAGAAGUCAGUUUCCUCAUCCAUAAAAUUAGGAUAAUAGCAACUUCAUAAGGAUAUUAAGCAUGAGAUCAUGCACACUGAUCAGUGAUCAAUGUAACCACAUCAUCACUAUUACUAUAAAUAAAAUUUAAAUUUAAGGAUAACAUUCUCCCAUAUGCUUGAAUUUUCCUCCUUAUUCUAAAAUUUUGAACCCUUUUAUGCACAGUUAAAAGUGUGAAAACUAAAAACAUUCCUCCCAGUAAAAGAUACACAAACAUACCCACUUAAUUCAAAGGCAUGAGUACCUAGAAUAUCAAAAUAUUUCCUAAACUGAUUUCUAUUUUACUUAAAUUAUUUCUAGCACUAACUCACUCUUUGCCUUUUUGGCUCAGUUUGGUAUGGUUAAUUCUUCCAGUUAUUCUCUUUGAUACAUUUUGUGCCAAAAAAUUUAUCUAUUAUAAGCUGCUUGUAUCGCUGUGUUGUGUUGCACACAAGUGGAAGUAGGUAAGGUAUUCCUCUGAUGCCUAAAAGAGUAUUUACGUACACAACAACUUUCCAGGGGAACUUAUCAGUUGCACUCUAUUAUCUAUAGUACUGGUAAGACUCUAGGUAUAUCUUUAUUCCCUCACUAAAGACAUUUUAAUAGACUGCAAACAACCAAAUGCCAUUAUUAAAUAUUUGUGUAUUGGGGACUUCUGCUUCUUACAACAUGGCAAAUUAAACCAAAUAGUGAAUCCUUUUCAUUACAAAUACGUUGAAAUGCUGAAUAAAAUGAAACAAUAAAAUUCAUAGCCCAGCUCACAAAACAGAGAAACCUUCAUUUCCAAAACAGAGAACUUGCUUAUUUUAUGUAUCAAUUCCUAUCUUGACGAUCUCUCCUUGUCAACACAUGUAGACUACCUUAUUAUUUUUUUAUUGAGGUAUAGCUGAUUUAUAAUAAAGCUGUGUUAGUUUCUGGUGUACAGCAAAGUGAUUCAGUUAUACAUACAUGUACAUAUUCUUUUUUCAUCUUGGUUUAUUACAGGAUAUUGAAUGUACUUCCCUGUACCAGAGGACCCUGUCUAUUUUAUAUAUAAUAGUUAGAUAUAAUACAACCCCAAACUCCUAAUUUACCCCUACUCAACUCUCUUUUCCCUUUGGUAACCAUAAGUUUGUUUUUUUCUGUCUGUCAAUCUGUUUCUGUUUUGUAAAUAAGUUUAUUUGUAGACUACCUCAUUACUGUAUGUUGGGGAA